CAGGGAGAACUUAAAAUAGCAAAAUUACCGUAUUUAUCUUAUUUCUAUAUCGAAAGCGACAGCUCACCAUAUUCCGGUACUUUUAGAAACAAGUCUUUAAAAAUGCGUGUUGGUGUUUUCUAGUCAUUUCAGUUUAACGGGUUUUGUAAAGAUUUUAACAUGUACCGUCCCCUGGGGGCUUAUGUAAUAACAGGUGUUCCUGAGUAAAACGCUCCUCUUCUAUUGUGGUUCAAAGUUUAAUGCUACGUAAUAAAAUACUUCCCCUAAAAAAUACAUGCUAAUACCCUUAACGUCCUCAUUCAGGCAGUAGCUGUAUGCCUUUGGUUUUAUCCCAUAAACGCUGCGGCUGAAUAAUGAUUAGUCCUCACUUUAGAGUCGUUGCGCUUACAUUUGGGAAAUUCUUUUAAUUUCGCCUGUUAAUCUUGACGUGUUACAACGCGCGCUCUGUAAUUUUGUUAAUCCCGUCAUGUACAAUUCAUACGUUGACUCACUCCGAAAUAGCCUACACAUUAAUACCACAGAUAACUGCGUUUUCCCUUGAGGGAGUUUCUCACCCUUUAGCCUUUAUAUUUGCCUCUUUUCUUAACAGCGAAGUUACCAUAAUCCGAAGUGACCUCUUGUGAAACCGCUAUAUUUUUACUUUUAAUUAUUUGUGGGCGAUAAGUCCAUAACCACUCGCCUUACUCGCAGUAUUCCCUACCAUCAUUUUUUGCACAUCUGUCAUAUAUCAAAGGGGCUUUCGUCAUACUACAUCUACGCAGUAACUAUCCCUCGAUCUCAAAAUCUCGCGAAUGGCUUAUCAUUUAGAAACAACCAUACAUAUUCAAACUCUCGCAUUACAUGCGUGCCCGGUCGACUAUUGUAUCGCCAUGUUUUGCUUUUAGCACAGACUUGGCGGGUUUUCUUUUGGUGUGCGAAUAAAAUGAAAAUAAAAACAAGAACCCGUAUCAUACGAAUUUGCCGGGUUAGAGAGGGACAUAGUAUCAAAGCAUUUGUGAUAAGCAUUGUGGAAGAAAGCAAGAUUAUGUUAACGAAUUCCGUUGAUUUACAUACAUUGCAUUUCCUCAAUGCACCUGUUCUUUUAGCCUCGGGACCGUGUUGAGUAAGAAGGGGGAUUUCAACGAUACGAGCACUUGUCAGCAAUUCACCAACAAUCGGCCUAGAAACGGGCUACACUAAACACAAGCAAAUCAAACACGAAGAAACCCACGAAAAAUCACACUUUACUCGCUUGUUCUAUUACUGUGGCGGGAAUUCGCUAAAGAAAAGUUUAAUUAUUGAUUAUUUAAGUUUUAGUUUGACUUCCCCGGAGUAACCAUGGACGUGACGGCAAGAGAUGUCCUUAGAGCCGCCAAAUGUGAGAUAGGUGAUAGUGGGACGAAGCUUAACAUGGAAACGAUGAUUGAUUGAGAUGUGUAGCAUUUUGAGUCUCGAUUUAACUUCUUCUAGGAAAUUUAAUUUGUUGUGUCCUUGUGACAACCAAAAACAAUGUUCUUGAGGUACAAUCCCGCGCUUUCAAGUCAACCGGUCAGAAGAAACAACGGGCAGAAUCGGAGACCAGGCGAGCGAAAUUCGCCUUUAAAUCCUAUCAGAAAUGCUCCAGGACGACCUCUAAAGCUUCCUUCUCUUUAUCCGGCUGUCUCUUUGAAUUCUCUAUCUAGUAAUUCCGCACAGGGAAGUGAAGUAGAACAUCAUUUAAGGAUAGGUAACCGUGACAUCGCUUAUUCGGGUAACACAUCGCCUAACGGAUCUGUGUCAAGUGUAAAAUGCGAACACACGGGAGAGGAGCGCUCUGUUUACGAGACUCAACUCUCUCCAAAACCUAGCGAACGCGUCAAAGGAACGCCGGUUGUCCUUGGAGCGGGGAGUAUUAUACGAGCAACAACAAUAGCUGCGGGUUCGCCAAUUGCUUGUACUGCUGCCCAGCACGUUGAGGAUAAAAUCGAGAUUCCUGAAUGCAAGACAUUUGUGGUGGUCGCAAGUCGGUUUGGUAAGCAGUACGUCUAUCGCUUCAGCAAGGAGAAGUCGCUCUGCUUGUUUGGCCCCUUACAUCCAUUUAGAAAAGCAGUCAUUGUUUGUAUAACAAAUCAAUUUUUUGAAUUUUUUAUACUACUAACCAUCAUAGUGAAUUGUAUAUUUCUGGCGAUCAAGAACGCACCAGAGGAACCAGAGUAUGUUUUUGCAGCCAUUUACACAAUAGAAAUGUUUUUAAAAAUUAUCGCUAAAGGAUUUCUAUUCCACGAAUAUGCAUAUUUAAGAGAUCCGUGGAAUUGGCUCGACUUCGUCGUAGUUUUUCUAGGUUAUGUUACUCUUAUACCCAAUGUCGCAAACUUGUCUGGAAUUAGAACAUUUCGAGUUUUACGAGCGUUACGGACCAUAUCAGCCGUAGAAGGUUUGAAGACGAUGGUGAACGCAUUACUUAAGUCUAUGAAGAUGUUGUCAGACGUCCUCAUCCUGACGACAUUCUUCUUGUGUAUAUUCGCGCUUGUUGGCAUGCAGCUCUUCGUGGGCGCACUUAGAAAUAAAUGCGUCUUAAAGUUACCACAGAAUCUUACAACUGAAUUUUCAUCAUACAUAUCCAACUCAACGUACUGGUAUAUUGAUCGAUCCUCCUCUACACCUUUAGUCUGCGGAAACUACUCCACUGCGUCUCAAUGUCCUUCUAACUACACGUGUAUGCCAGGUGUGGGUGAAAACCCCAACUAUGGUUUCACGAGCUUUGAUAACUUUGGAUGGGCACUUAUAACUGCUUUCCAAUUGGUCACUAUGGACUUCUGGGAAAACGUCUACAACUACGUUCUCUCGGCGCUUGGUUCUUGGUAUGUCAUCUAUUUUGCCACUGUCAUCUUCUUCGGUUCGUUCUACCUCCUAAAUCUAGUGCUUGCUGUAGUAGCGGUAUCCUACCAACAGGAGGUCGUCUCUUUACAGGACAGGGAGCAAUUAUACAAUGACCUUAAGGGCAUUGCCUCUUCUUACUCCUUCCAUGGGCGUGCAGUUCCUAGGCUUCUACUAAAUGGCAAAACAAAGACAAUCUCUCUCGCUAGCAAGUGUAAGCUCUCGUUUUGUAUGCCUUGCUUCGCUAUGCCUCCGUCCAAAACGGAAACGAGCCACGCAAGUGACGUAGAAAGCAGUCACGCUGCUCUUCCGUCACACAACGAACCAGGCUCCACAAUAAUAGAACUUAAUCAUUUAGAAAAUAACAACGAAUCGAGGACUACCAGGACAGAGAGUCUUCAAUCGCCAUCUUUGAUUUCUCCCGCAAAAGAUAAUAAUGUACAAAUAGGGUUUUUAUCAAGUGGUUCGAACUCCAAUGGCGACGUCUCGCCGCAAUCGCCAACACCAAGCGGUGAAGGGGAAACAAGUUUUGUGACAUUGCGUCCAGUUGAGAUGAGACCGUCUUUUAUACGCAAGCUUAGUGCUAUUAGUGAACAAUCCACACAAGAAGCGAAAAACAGAAGAACUGAGGAAGGGAGAGUGAAUGGGUCGAGAUCCUCCUCACCCUACUCUAGAGGGAGGGUAUUGUCACGGCGGAAAUCGAGCAAGGGAAGAUCCAAGCACUGGGCGCGUGUACAAGACCGCGUUAACAAGAUGAUUAUGGACCCUUUGUUUGAUACUUUUAUUACGGGAUGCAUUGUGCUGAAUACUAUGUUUCUUACGGUGGAGUACCACAAUAUGAAUAGUGCUCUAAGGCUUGCACUGGAGAUAGGAAAUAAGGUAUUCACCACAAUCUUCUUGCUGGAAAUGGUGUUCAAGUUGAUGGCGUUCGGUUGCCGGGGCUACAUCAAAAGUCGGUGGAAUAUCUUCGAUGGGUUUAUUGUGACUAUCAGCAUAGUAGACCUGAUUGCCGAGGCGGCUACCCACGGCUAUGAUUCGGGUCUUAGCGUCCUUAGAACAUUCAGACUGCUCCGCGUUUUCAAGCUGGCGCAGUCCUGGCGGACCAUGAACAUGCUACUUUCUACGAUAGCCCGGUCUGUGGGACAGCUUGGUAACCUAACUCUUGUACUAGGGAUAGUUGUGUACAUGCUCGCUGUUGUCGGCAUGCAGAUCUUUGAACAGCAUUACACGCCCGCAAAGUUCUAUGGAAGGAUUCCCCGGUGGAACUUCACGGACUUCUGGCACUCGUUCAUGAUGAUCUUCCGCGUGCUGUGCGGCGAGUGGAUAGAACCGCUACACGACUGCAUGCGCGUCACCAACCCUGUCUCGUCCAUCUUCUUCCUGACGGCGCUCGUCAUUGGGAACUUUUUGGUGCUGAACCUCUUUCUCGCAUUGUUGCUUAACGCAUUUGCUCGUGAAUCACUGGAGGAGAAGGAAAAGAAAACGGAGAAGCCAAGCAGGUUUAAGAAAGGCGUCAAGAGGAUCAGUCGAGCACUCAAGCUAUCCAACAAUGUCUCAAAACGGACCCAAGUUCUACCAACAAUCCGUGUCGAGCAGGAUGGAGAAGACGCCGCCCCCCAGGCCCCCAACGGAAGCACAGCAACAAACUCUCUGUCGAACUCUUCGUCCAUCAUUAGCGCGGUUCAGGCCUUUCAGGCCGGGACAAAGAAAGGCAAGAUCAAUAGGGACACCAUGAAGAAGCUUUCGAUAGCGUUAGAGACGGCAAAGCGAGACGAUGCGGCAAAGGAGACCUACCUCACCAUGGCAACCAACCCGAGUCCAUCGGCUUCCUUUACUUUGCGGGACGGUCCCGCGGGUGACGAGGCGAUGACGGAAGUCGACGAGUGCUGCCCCUGGUGUAUGCAGCGAUGCGCAUGCGCGUGGGUUACCAAGUGGAAGAUGACACAGGGUUACCGAGCCUGGCGCGCGGCGAGGCUCAAUGUGAAAAAGUUUGUAGAGCACAAGUACUUUGAGUGGGGCAUUCUGAUGAUCAUUUUUGCGAGCAGCUUUGCACUGGUCUUUGAGGAUGUCCACCUUCCAAGGCGCCCUAUUCUCAAGAAGGCGCUGGAUUACCUGAAUAUCCUGUUCGCAGUCGUCUUCACUGCGGAAUUCCUGCUCAAACUUUUUGGCCUCGGCGUCGUUACCUACUUCAAGAACUUGUGGAAUUGUCUGGAUGUGCUGAUAGUCGUUAUCUCCCUAGCCACUGUGAUUAGUAACGAGACUACAUCAGACGGCGAUAGCAACUUGUCAGCGUUCCGCUCCUUGAGGACUCUGCGCGCGCUACGGCCCCUCAGGGCGAUAUCUCGAUGGGAAGGCAUGAAGGUCGUUGUGAACUCGCUGCUGUUCGCGAUUCCUGGCAUCGGUAACGUACUCCUCGUCUGUCUCGUGUUCUGGCUCAUCUUCAGCAUCAUGGGCGUACAGUUCUUCGGUGGAAGGUUCUUCAAGUGUGUUGACGCUCAAGGUGAGCGUGUCGACUACAACAUUGUGAGUAACAAGUCGGACUGCAUUUCGCUCGGAUAUCGAUGGGUCAACUCCAAGAUCAACUUUGACAACUCACUCAAUGGCUUCCUGGCUCUCUUCCAAGUGGCGACGUUUGAGGGAUGGAUAGAAAUCAUGAGAGAUGCGGUGGAUGCUCGAGGGUUUGACCAGCAGCCUUCAUACGAGUACAACUUUGCUGCGUACGCAUACUUUGUGGUGUUUAUUAUCGUUGGCUCAUUCUUCACACUUAACCUGUUCAUCGGUGUUAUCAUUGAUAACUUCAACCGCCUGAAGAAGCAGUACGAGGAUUAUGGAGCCUUGGACAUAUUCCUGACGCCGUCACAGAAGGCCUGGUUCAGCACGCUACGGAAAGCAGCCAAUAAGAAGCCAAAGAAGAUGAUCAGUAGACCAAAGAACAAGUGGCUCGCCUUGUUAUUUGACGCGAUCCACAGCUCUCGUUUCGAGACGUUGAUCAUGGUCAUGAUCUGCCUGAACAUCAUCGUCAUGAUGAUACAACACUACCGCCAACAGCACGACGUCGAGGUCGCCAUGAUGAUCAUCAACCUCAUCUUCACGGGCGUGUUCACCCUUGAGGCCGUACUCCGGAUCAUCGCGCUUCGCCAGCACUACUUUAAGCAGCCCUGGAACAUCUUCGACUUCACUAUAGUACUGCUCUCAAUACUCGGUAUUAUCCUGGAGUACCUUCAAUACGACUUGUUUAUCACCCCAAGUCUGUUCCGCGUUGCGCGUGUAUUCCGUAUUGGUCGUCUUCUGCGCUUUUACAAAGGCGCACGGGGUAUUCGCCGUCUUCUGUUUGCUCUCGUUAUCUCCCUUCCCGCGCUCUUCAACAUUGGCGCUCUUCUCUUCCUGGUCAUGUUCAUCUACUCAAUCAUCGGCAUGUCUUCCUUUGGUUAUGUGCGUAAGACAGGAGCGCUCGACAACGUCGUCAACUUUGAAACAUUUGGAAGCAGCAUGUUGCUAUUAUUUCGGCUUUCUACUUCAGCGGGGUGGAACGAUGUGCUAAACCCCCUGUUGGCGGAGCCCCCGGAUUGUGAUCCCACCUACGAGGGUCUUCCUAAUGGGGACUGCGGUACCCCUUGGCUUGCGCAUAUCUACUUCACCUCAUUCAUACUGUUGACUUUUCUAAUCAUCAUCAAUAUGUACAUAGCGAUUAUUUUAGAGAACUUGAGUCAGGCCCAUCAGCAGGAGGAAGUUGGGAUCACGGAUGAUGACCUGGAUAUGUUUUACAUGCAAUGGGAGUUGUUUGACCCCGGCGCCACCCAGUACAUACCUUAUUCAGCUCUCUCGGAAUUCGUCGACGGGUUAGACCAACCGCUGAGAAUUCCGCAGCCGAAUAAAUUCGCAUGCAUUAAUCUGAACAUCCCGAUAAAGCAGGGUGAUAGAGUGCAUUGCUUCGACGUGAUGCAGGCGCUCGUUCGGCGAGUGAUCGGCGAUAUCGAGGAAGAACCGCAGGCCACGACGUCGGUUGCGUACGCGUUGAUGAAAACUAAAAUGGAACAGCACUUUGUCAGUGCGUUCCCAAAGCGCGCGAAGACACUAACGAAGAGCACUACAUUGCGCCGAAUACAAGAGGAACGCGCUGCUUCGAUCAUUCAAAAGUGCUAUCGCCAAUACCGAUUGCAACGUGAGCUCCGCCGAUACCGUAUCGAGCGUAGUCACGAAUCCGUGCACACACCUAACGACCAUCGACGCAGUUCGACGAGAUCUGAACAUUCGGCACAAAGGCGAUAUAGUAACGAACACUCUCCGAGCCGGAAGCGAAGAAAUUCGGACAAUCACGGGCAUAAAAAGCAUAGCUUAACGGGCGUUAGUUUACCAUCGGUGGUUGAGGUUAAAGUUAAGCCCGCGAGCCAGUCAGCGGAGGAAAAUGAGAGUGACGUCACAGAAGUCCGAGCGUGAGUUAGGUGCCACCUUUUUUCUAAGGAAAUAAAAUAAACAAUUUUAUUGACUACCCGCAGUCUCCCAGAAAGGUCUUCCUCUUUGUAAAAAUGCAGGCAAUUAUGGUUCCGUCUCUGUAAUAGAUUGGACUAUCUAAGUCUUCACGGAAUCUAUUCUGUAUAAAGUUAUACCCAAAUAAGGUUAUGCCCUAACUAGGUCAACAUAGAUUGUCCCCAUUCAAUUUGGGAACAGAAACUAUUUCCUCUUGUAAGAACAACAACUUAUUAUCCUGACAUUUCUUCUGUCUUGUAGAUAACUGAAAUGUUGGACUCGUUUACUGCAAUAGUUUCUUAAAUGCUUUGGUAGAAUAACAAACAAACAAACAAACAUUGUUUGAAAGGUUUUAGCUGAGAGACAAAUCGAUUUCUAUGCGAUGUAAUUAUUUUCGUUUUGGAAGAAACAUGCAGAAAUAAAGAUUUCUAGUUUUGUA